GGUCGUUCCAGGGCAAACUCAAAACGAACGACAUGGGCCUGGACGCGGACGUACCGCUGACGUGGCACCGCGUCCUUCUCGCGUGCUCGUCGUAUGUGCUCUUCUUCACCGACAUUCCGCGCAGCGGGUUUGGCUUCAAGACGCUGCCAAAGGGCUACCAUGCGGCCACCGAGACGCUCUACGCCAACUUUGGCCCGUACAGCUACCCCAUCAUGACCAUGACCAAGCAAGCCGACGGCUCGGUCACGGGGUCGGUCCCGCUCGCCAAAGUCUGGAGCUACAAGUUUGAUACGUGUUCGCUGGGGCUUCGCACGGUUGUCUCGCAGCGCAACGUCUCUGGCUGGGACCCUUGUUUACUGUACGCCUCCGAGUGCACCGGCGACAUGCUUUUGCCAGGCGAGGUCUUCAUUAUGCUCGAGAACGUUGCCCGAACGAUCCAGCACAUGCCGUCGCAGUCGUGGCGCAUUUACUUCAACUUUGUCGACAUCAUCAACGACAUGUUUGCGUUCGGAACGUUCAAGGAACGCGACUGGCGCACGCUGCGGACACACUACAUUCCGUCGCCGGACGUCAACGUUUGUGCUGUGGACUAUGCGACACGACCAUACUUUUGUGAGCAGCCGUGGACCGACUUUGGCGCGCUGGGUGUUCCUGGCAUGACGAGCAUUGUCGACGACAUCCAGCGACGCAUGGCACUCGCCGCCAACGCGAGCGACGCACGCACGCAGCGCGUGGACAUGGCCUUUGUUGAGGCCAUUGACGACCUUCGCCCGUGGGACGGCGGUCUCGCGCGCACGUCUCUGAGUCCGUUUGACGUGAUUACGCUGCUGCGUGUUCAGAAUUGCUCCGACCCGGCCCGUGCCUUGAACUGUUCGACCGUGGAGCUCACCGACCACCGGUACGAAGGCGGCUUUGGGAGCACCGACACGCUCCGGUACUACAAGCUGCUCUUUUACCUCCGGCUGUUCGGGCAACUCUACAACAUUGGCCGCGCCAUCGCGCUCUUCGUCGGGUGCUACGCCGCGCGGGCGGUUGAAGCUUCCUACAAGAACGCGUCGCUGCAGCGAAGGCUCUAUGCAGCGCUGACCAUGUACCUGCGCAUUCCAGCCCAAGUCGUCAUCUACGGCAGCUGGUUUCCCGUACUCCUCUUCGCGACGGCGCAUUUGAUCGACGCGCCGUUUCUGUACUUUACGAUCUUUAUCGACCUCGCGACAAUCAACGGGACGUACUACCUUGACGCGGAGAAGGUCUACACGUUCUCGAUCUUGCUCACGUGUCACAUGCGCAACGUGUGGCUUCUGAGCCUCGUUACCAAAGGCAUGUUGCUCCUCAUGGACCCGCGGCAUCCGCAUGGCAUCCUCGGCGUGCGCGGCUACCUCCUCCCGCUCGUCUCGUUCUUUUCGAUUCUGUUUGAGAUUCGAUUGAAGGCCCUGCGCAACACGGAGCUCUUGCAUGUUCUGCCGUCGGUGCCAAGUGCGUCGACGCAGCUUCUCCGGGGUCUGCACUCGGUGCCGAGCAACUACCGGUAUUGGGGUGUCUACUCGGACGUCAAGACGCUCUCUCUCUCGUUUGUGGCGAUUUUCAUUCUCGGGCGUCUCUUGCUCCGACUCGCACUGACGUUCCAGACGGACGUCCCGUACACGCUGCUUCGGUACUGCAACCGCACCAUGUUCAGCACGGCUUGGCACGCGCCGUUGGACGGACUUCGAUCCACGUCGCUACAUCGCGUGCACACGCAAGCCGACCUCGCAUCACAGCGGUGCUCGCGCAACCGCCUCAUGCACGUGACGUGGAUGACCGACCCGAUCCAGUACCUCUGUCUCCUUUGGAACCAGCCCAUCGUGUACGUUUACAAGUCCAAAACAUCCGCCGCGCGCGUCCACCACGUCUUCUCGCCGCGCGAACUGCAGACAAAGGACCCGACGCUGCACGCGACGCUCGACUGCGUCGGCGAAGCCCUCCUCCUCGACCUGCCGUGGGCCCAGCGCAUCCAGUGCUACUAG